AUGGCAAAAAGUCCCAGAAAGUCCAGCAGCAACUCGAAGCUGUUGGCUGCGCCCAAGCAGAGAUCUAAGCCCAAGCCCUCUGUAGGUGGAAAGAACUACAACGCAUACCGAAAUAACAACAAUCACAAGUCCCAUAAUCACAAGCAGCAGUACCAACGUAGAUUCAGCAUAGCCGAUUCGACCACGUCGUCAUCCGAUUCUGAAAAAACCAUCCAUAAUCUCAACACGUAUGUGAUAAACUCUGGCUCGGAUUCUGAAUCGUCUCUCACAGCCGUUUCAGAAAACGAGUCUCACAAUCUUCGUAAAGAAUUUGCUGGCGGAUUCUCUAAACGUGGCGGUAAGAAAGCUGUUUCGAAGAAAUAUUCAGCUGCCCGCAAAAGAACCCCUAAGAAAACAGUAGAAUUCGCUUAUCACGAUGUAGAAGACUUAGAAGAAGAAGACGAAGAUCCUUCCUCAGACGAAGAAGACCAGGCUGGCCUCGGUGUUUUAUAUUCGAUGAUGAGCGACACUCGGGAGUCUUCCAGCGAUUCUGAUGACUCUGACGAUGAAGUAUACUCUACUUCUGAAGACGACUCUGACGUAGACUUCGUCAAACUCCAGGCCGAACGUAAAGCUAAGUCGAUGAAGGCUGUUCGUGCCAUGAAGGGAGUGAGAAAACAGAAAGAAAACACAAGAGAAACUUUUGACGAAGCAUAUGAAUCAGGAACAGAAGUAGAUUUCUCAGAUCUUGUUGCAUUAACCAAACCAAAAGAGAAGCACAGUUCCAAACACAAAAAACGUAAUUCGGUAUCUAAACCCAAAUUUGGCAGAAGAAAGUCAGAUGCUGUACUUCCCGAGGAUAUUAACUUCACCUUUGAAUUCGACGACUUUGGAAAGGUUGACGACAGUUCUGCUAUUGAAGAAGAGGACGAGCCCGAAGACGAAGAAGACUCUAGGAUGAUGCAAGACGAUUCGGUGGACCAAGAUGAAGAGGAAGAUAUAGGUGAAGAGAUUAUUCUCCCGGAAAAUGUAGACAACGGCAUCAAGCCUGAUGGUAAUUCCGUAAAUAAUAACUUCAACUUUGAUUUCAACUUUGAUUCACUGAUGAUCCAGGUUCCCAAAUUGGAAGAUGAUGAGAUCAACUCCGACGAAGAUUACGAAAUCGACGACAACGAAUUGUUGGCAACUUUACAAGCUGACAAUGAUAUGGAAGAUUUCGCCAGUUUUGAGAAUAAAGCUGCCAGCACUGUCAUUAAAAGAAGCACGUCGAUUGGCUCGUUGGGCGACGACGAAGAGAAUGCAUUUUUACGAGAAGAGGAAAAGUAUUUGGUCAACGAGUUUGAAAAUAAUGGCUUUGAUGACGAGGAAAUUGACAUCGAAGACUACAAUUUGAGCGAUUCUUCAAACAGGAAUGCACUUCUCAAUUCAUUCAGAGCCAUCAACAACGAUGAGUCCAAGAAUGUCAUACAGUACGAAAGCAGUAUAGACAGCGGUUCAGAGUCUGAUGAGGAAGAUGAAGCAGACUACGACGAUUUCGUCGACUUUGGCAUUCCCUUGUUUUCCAGCAACGACGAAGACCAGAGCAAUUUAGACGAGGACAACAAGUCUGUCAAGAUUGCCAGUGUGAGCCACAAGAAGAAGUUGGAAAAGGAAGAUAAAAGCAAACAUAAGCAUCACAAGCGGAAGAAGAGCAACGGCUUUAACAGUGAUGAAGACGACGAUUCGUACUUGUGGAACUACUUCUUCAGCUCAGACAACGGUUCCGAAUCCAGCGAUGACAAUAACAUGGAUGUAGAUGUUGACGAAACGGUGGAGGACAUGUUCAGAAAUAUGGAGAAUCAGUCCUUGAAGAAGAGUGACCUUCGUCGGAUGACAUUGACGGGUAACAACAGAAAAAAGCUGAUUGCUCCUGUUCACCACAGCGAUUCCAUGAUGGAAGAAGACUACGACAGUGGAGAAUCCACCGACGUAGACUUGAACAUUCCUACUUCUACCAACAAGUCGAAGUUGGGCUCGAAACUGGCCAAAGAGGUCUUAUCGUCCAAGACUGCUGACUACCGGCCUCCAGUACUUGGAACAUGGGUAGCAAUUGACAGUAAACCGUUUGGCAUUAUCGAUGGGUUGUCCACCAGAAGUCUCAAUAUCGGGCAGAACAACAAGAGUUCCGAGCCUCGCAAAGGUAGAAAGAGCAUAAUUCCAUCGAUGGUAGCUUCAGACGAUCUGGCUCUUGGACUUGACGAGUUGUUGAAUGUGUCUGAGCUUGACAACGACGACGAGAACGAUGUAAGGAUCUGGCGUGAUUUCAACAGCCAGAAGAAGCAGGUGCCUCUUGGAGCAUUCAGAAACAAGUCGGUGUUGCAGAAUGCGAUUAUCCAUCCGGAAAACGUCACGUCGCACUACAAUCAUACCAGCAAGUCCAACAACGAUGUCAACCAAAGAAGAUACUCACUCAGUGGACUCCAGGCAUCCGCUUCCAGAAGAGAGUCUGUCAGUUCUGGAGCCAGUGGCAGCAUCCAGAAGGCACUGACUGCUAGAAGAAACUCUGUUGGAAAUUCCAAGAUAGCUCCACCAGGUAUCUCGUCCAAGCUGGUGAGGAGAAAAGCUUCGAUUGUGGAAGCUGUUUCUGAAGGAUUCAGACCUACGAAGUCUGGACUUUUCAGUGAACAUGCUUUGGCUGACGUUGAAGAAGUGUUGGGAGACGACAACGACAUCAUGGCGUUGAUCAAAGGAUUAUAAAGGGAUUGAUUUUGGGUUGUUUGUUUUAUCAUAUUUUAUAGGACCAGGUACAUCCGUAUGAAUGGAAGAAAAGUGAG